AUGUGGAGUAAUCGAGUUGGGAUUCUUGGUAGAAGUGCAAGAAGAGGUACACUUAAACUAUCAAUUAUAAACUUUUACCCUGGUUCCCUAAUCAGACUUAAAAUGCCGACUUCUUGUUAAUUUCAGCCUUGCCUCUUCUUCAAAGCCGCCUCUACUCAAGCGAUUCGGUGCCAAAAAUUACAACACAUUACACCGUUGUACCAAGAGAAACUGAUCCAAGAUGGAAAGGUAAUUUUUGUUGCUUAUGUUAUGUUUUUUAGUAAGUAAUAGUAAAACUGGUUUCGUGACUUUUGGUAUGUGUACAGUGUAUACAACACAAGUUUUUCAGCGUUCACAAAAUAAUGUAAUAUCACAAGGGUUCAAUUUUUCGCUUUUAGAUGUAGAGAUGGAACGAUUUUCAGACGAAGCCGACGUUGUAAUAGUCGGUGGAGGGCCGGCUGGUUUAUCGGCUGCAAUCAGACUAAAGCAACUGGCCGAAGAAAAUGAGAAAGAAAUUCGAGUUUGCCUUGUGGAGAAAGCCUCGGAAAUCGGUGAGAUUACAUAACUUAGCUGCCUUUUUUCUUUAAUUCUUAUGUAAGUUCAACUUAGUCUUUUAAAAUUUAAUUUUGAAAAGCUUAAUUUUAAUUUUCUACCUCACUGUUUUAACGAAAGAGUCAAUUUUUAAAAUGUAUUUUGCGUUUCAAAUGACUGAUGCAAUCCAAUGCGAUGUGUUGAUGAUUGCGUGACAUUCACACCCCCGACUUUCCCUCUUUUGCGAGGCAAAGGAAGCCAUGUGGAAAAUCAAGUUUUAACGACUGAAUAUUUUCUGGUUAUAUACUUUGUUUUUGAUGUCCUUAACUCUGACAACACUAUUUUACACUUUUAGUGAUUUGAAAUGGAGUUUUAUUGUGUUGUCAUAGAAUAUCAAUGUGGCUAAAUGUAAUUUGGGCAAAGUUAACCUCUAACCAGUGCUGGUCAGCAGUUUUCCUAACUAUGCUGGGGUUUGUCCCAUGCCUCUAGCAAUGGCACCUCGACUGAACAUGUGUGUCAACGAACGAUCGUCAAGAAGCGUUUCACAGAACAUUCCCUGUGAAUGUCCCAACGGUACCUAUAGAGAAAGGAGUACGUUCUCGUAACGGGCCGAGGUGGUUGGAACACCCGUUGAAUGUUGAAGCUCAUCUAUUGGUGAUAAGUUUAAUCUGAGUAUUAGCGUUUGUUAAAUUUCUAAUUCUAUAUUAUUGCAAGGAUGUUUUCUUCAAAACAAAGUGAUUUUUAUGCAGUAUAUUGUAGCCUUUAGGAAAAAAAAAAAACAAUCUUACUACAUGUACCACAAUGUAAUUUUUGUGUAUACUUAAUAUUUAGAUGUUUCUGAAUCCUCCAGCACAUUACUAAAUCCCUUGUCCCAUCAUAUUCUUUAAAUCCCAAAUUUCACUCUCACUUCCUUUUAAAAACUUGAGUCCUGGCCAACCAGAAGCAGUGAAAAACCCAUUGAGAAUACUAAUCAGUCUAAACAGCUGUGGCUGAACUGUCCUGAAAGCAUUGACAAUCUUCCUUUACUCCCUAGGUGGACAUACUCUGUCUGGGGCUUGCCUGGAGCCACGAGCACUUAAUGAACUGUUACCUGAUUGGAAGGACAGAGGGGUAAGAGAAAAGAAAAAAGAACAUUUAGUUUAACAAAGUAAAUGGUAAAUUUACCAACUGUAUGAGAUAAAAUAAUACAGUAACUAGAGGCUGAUUUUAUUAUACAAAACAUGUCCUUUUGAAAAUAAUGGAAAAGUUAUGCAUGUUACAGGUCAUUAAAUUCAGGCUAAAAUUUCUUAAACUACCAGGUAGAUUGAAAUAAGAUAAAGAUAAAAUCAAAAAAGACAAAGGAAAUUGAGAAUCAACCUAGAUCAACAAAGUCUUAUCUGAAUUUAAUUUUGACCUGUAUCAUACACAUCGUGAAAAACAUAACUUUUCAAACUGUGGGAUGAAGAAUGAAAAUGUAAAAUGGGAGCAGGUUAUUAUCUAAAUCUAUGUUUUUUUUUUAUUUCUCUAGGCUCCUCUCAAUACACCGGUCAAAGAGGACAAAUUUGCAAUCUUGACAGAAAAAAGAAGAAUUCCAGUGCCAAUUCUACCAGGUUAAUGUGCUACCUUUAGGUUCAAAACUGAAUUCUCUUACAUCAUUGAUGAAAUAUAAUAUUUAUUGUAUUACUUUGAAAUUUAUAUUUUUCCAAGUGAAAGUAAGUAACUUAGUUUUAUUGCAAUUUGCUGGUAAAUUCAGUUUAUUGUUGCCAUUGAAAGUUAGGAGAAAAUGGUGCAGAACAUGAGGCAGCUAUGGAACUUCAACAUACAUGUACAGCUGUUUCAUAUGAACUUGAUUAAAUAGCAGCAAUGUACAUGUAUUUGCAGAACAUUACUUUAUCAAACAACCAGUAAUGUGAUGUAUUGCAUCCCAUUUGACAAAUUUAUAAGAGAUGAUGGCCAAAGUGCCUGUUACAGGGCUGUCAGCCCCCCACGUCUUCAAAUAUUGAGAAUAUUGAUGCGGAAGGGAUGAUAGGUGACAUCAUAAUGCACGGCACAUGAUGUAAUUUGUGAAAAAAAAUGCGCGGAAAAGAUGUUGUUGGAAUUGUAACAUUUGACCUAAUUGGUUUACUUCCUACAAAUCACAUUAUUGCUUAUAUUACAAUGGCAUAGCGGAGUUUGUGACGAAAUGUUUGAUGUUAACAGUAAAUUAUAGCUCAAACAACACAAAAUAUUUGAACUUUAAUUGUCAGAAAGUCAACUAUGGAGAAUUGCGAUGUGACUCAGUCAUGAUUGCUCUAAAAGCAAUGAAUUCUUAACUCCUGCUUGUUUUUCUAAGGGUGAUGCUAGUCUUUGCACCAGAGCGCGUAAUUCCUCCCUUGGUGAUAACUUUUGAAUUAACUUAAUUUAACAGUCUUGUGACUGCACAUGUGCAAGCAGAGUGUACGUCAUGUAAGCACAACUAAAUAGUUAUGAUCAAUCGUGAGCAUUGGUCGACAGCGUCUCGUCAAAUCUUUUUUUGGCACUAUUUCUGUUUUUGAGUGUCUAUUGACCUGGUGCAAAACCUUCUUAUAAAAAUAAAAAAAACUGUCCAUGGACCUGGUCCAAGACAGGGGGUCCAUGGACCCGGUCCAUGAAAGUGGUCUAUGGACCCGGUCCAAAGAGGGGGUACAUGGACCCCUGGUCCAUGUUUUGUCCUCACCCAUUUUCAUCACUCCAUUCGUCACUCCAUUUGUCACUACUAUCUUUUUCCUUCUACCGGUACUUUUAUUGGGAAUAAACACCUUCUACUACAUGUAUUUCGGAAGGGGGCCUUUGAGGUCCUCACUGGCUUUGACUGCAACAAGACUAGAUUUGAACGUUAUUUUGACUGUUAGUGAUAAUGUUUAGUGGUAGAACAAGGACAACACAUGAAGCUUUUCAUGUCAGAAUUUCCUCUUCACCAGCAAGAAGGUCAGGCUUUUUCCAAAGCUGGUUAGCCGUACUAGUACGUAUAUACUGUUAGAGAGAAUUUGCUGAUGAUAGCAAAGAAGUUUAUAUUAAGUAUGGAAGUGUUAAAGGAUAUCGCUGGCUUGCUGACUUUGUGAUUAAUGUCACACAUCUAUGCAGCUAAGGAGAAUAAAUAACAUAAAAAACACUCUUACUUGAUUCCAACAGAAGCAAAAUACCAUGAUAUUACUCCAUUGAUUGCAAUAAUAUGGAGCUGUAAAAAGGAAGCCAUUCUAGGAUUCAAGAUAUUAUAGAAAUUAAUAUUCAAUUUAUGUUAAGAAUGUAAAAAUCAAUGCCUAUAGUGUUACUAGGUUGCUAUGUGAAAGACAGUAAAGUCCAUCAGAAAUAUAAUACUCUGUAGACCCCGUGUUUAAUGCAACAGUUUUACUAAGAUCAUUUUUUUUUCUGUCCAUGCUACAUCUAAAUCUGAUCUUACAUUUUCAGGAGAAUAUGCAUAUACAUAAAGGAACUCUGCACUACGUUUAAAUAAUCUACUUUAAUCUACUUGUGAGAUGAGAUAUGCAUCUUCUAUCUUUGAAGAAUAAAAGAUUGUUUCUAUUUUUAUUAUUGUUAUUAUUAUUAGUGAACGUUAUUAUUAUUAUUAUAAUUAUUGUCAUUGUCAUUAAUAUCUAUAUUACACCAGCAAGUGCUACUAGGCUUCAAAGGCUUUGUACAUGUAGGAAUAUGAAGAAUCAACUGGUUGACUUACGUGUAUCUGCGUAACGUAACAUUUGGUAUAUCUCUAACAGGAUUACCCAUGCAUAACCAUGGCAACUACAUAGUCAGGCUUGGAAACUUUGUCCGCUGGUUGGGUGAGCAGGCAGAAGCAUUAGGUGUGGAGAUAUAUCCUGGAUACGCUGCUAGUGAGGUGAGCCUUUACACUGAUCUUUAAUAAUAAUGAUAUGCUACUAGAAUAUUAAUACCUCACCUUUUUUUCAGAAAACAAACACAAUUAUUACUGGAGACAAAAAGGCCUAUGUUUAUCCUAAGGAAGACAUAGGGGCAGAGUGGUUUGAAGCCUGGUUAAAGAUGUAACUCUGCUGUACAGUAUGAUAAAUGCGUUGUUAUCAUCUUUCAAACUACUUGGCCUGUGAAUGAGCAACUUUAAAUGAAAGGACAUGUGCCUGACUAGGUCAAGACAUUCUGGCUUGAGAAAACAAAAACGUAUUGUUUAAAAAACAAGCUGGUCAUUCAGGUUUGAAUACUCAAGGCAAAGCCAAGAGUUUUUACACCUAAUAAUACAUGACUGUGAGUUUUCUGAAUGGCUUCAAAAUCUCUGAUAUAGAUCAGCUCAUUCUGGUCUAAAAGACUGGAUGUAAAGUUUAGUCGUGUCUUUAUCAGAUAUAAAGACACUCAUUAAACAUUGAUUGAUUUCUUUUGUUUUUUUCUUUAUGAAUUAUUUAUGACCUUUUGAACAUCACAUUAUGUUGAAUGCAAUAAUAUUAUUAUUUGAUUACCUUUAUUGCAAAGUAACAUCUGUUUUGUCUGAAUACUGGAGGUAAGCCUGUAACUUAUUUAUGAUCUAUUUCUUAAGGUUGUUCAAGGUGGUUUUAAAACUCAUUUCAAAAGAUACAUGUAUGGCUAUUAAAAUAAUGUUCUUGUGUUCAACACACAAAAGAUGCCAUGGCUGCAGGCUAUUCUGAUUGUUUGAGAAAGUGGCGAGAGAUUUUUUAAUAAGCCACUCACAAAACAUCCCAAUUAUGCAUAGCCAAAGCUACUACAAAAAUCCCUUUUCAACCCUCUGUAGGAAAGUCUUAGUUAAUGCCCUGAAAUCCUAAAAAUCAUUGCCAGUCACUGAUUAUAUGUACUUUAUGAUUGGAAUUUUAGGUGUUGUACCAUGAAGAUGGAAGUGUUAAAGGAAUUGCAACAAAUGAUGUCGGAAUUCAUAAAGAUGGCUCUCCUAAGGUGAACUAUUAAAUCAUUUCAUCAAAUUAAUUAUUCCUUGAUUGUUUCAAAUGUUCUCAUUACAGAGAAUGUUGUUCAAUUAAUUCAAGCCUCCAAAGAAGUUUUUGCAGACCAUGUGUUUAUUACGGUCAAACCUGGAAAACCAAGAACACCAAAAAUAUUUUGGGAAUGUUGUUGUGUUAGAAAGAAUGUUAAUUGUAUCGUGGUUUUGUGGCUAGUUCACGCGUGCUGAUCUUUUCUUUGAUUUGUUGUAACACAAUAACAUUCCUGCAAUAUUAUUUGAAGUGUUCAUGGAUUUGCUUGUUGGACUGUAAUACUAUGUAUGAAGAAAUGUUAUUUUUGUUAUUCUCAACCAUUACAGGCCAUGUUUGAGCGAGGUAUGGAACUCCAUGCUAAGGUGACAAUGUUUGGUGAAGGAUGCCAUGGUCAUCUGGCCAAGAAUAUGUACAAAAAAUUUAAUCUACGAGAAAAUUGUGAUCCUCAGACUUACGCUAUAGGCUUAAAAGAGGUAACUAAAAAUGUUUAAAGGGCAAUAAAACUUCCAGUAAGUGCCACUUUAAAAAUAUUUCCAAUAUCUGACUCGUUUUCUAAACAUUCAGUGCUAUAAUUUUAAGGGCCAUAUGAUUCACUUGCCAUGAAUGAGUUCAAUCAAUGUUAUGAGCAUUGAAUCAGAUGUUCCUUAAAAAUUUACAAAUAUAUAGCUUCAAAUUUCAGAGGAAAACUUAUAGUCUAUGAAAUACUUUGAUAAAUUAUUUUGUUACACAAGUGUUAUAAACGAAGGCAGCUUAAAACGUUGACCCAUGUAUCCUUAAUUAGUGUCAAAAUUGGCUCCUUAGCUAUGUAGAUCAGCGAUCAGUUUGUUUGUUUGUUUCAAAGUGAGAGUAAGAAAAGCAUAGUAACUCAGACCUGUGAUCAGUGGCCAUACUGGCAACACCACUAAAAUUUAUAGUUUUCUGUGUGUUAACAAUACUUAGUGGACAAGUGAAAGAAAGUGUUACUCCUUUUUUCAUACGUGCACAUCAUCAUCAAGAAUAAAUGAUAUAAAUCAGUGGCAUAUCCAGACCUUCAGAUAAGGGGGUACCCGAUCAUCCAAACCCUGAGCUAAGAUGUGGGGGGGGGUAAAAAAAAAAAUAAUUUUUUUUGUGCCCUUCGGUUUGCCCCCUCAGUUUGGUCUAAAAAUAGGAGGGGGGGGGGGGGCUGAGGCCCCACAAGCCCCCCCCGUGGAUCCCCCACUGUAAACAUCAGCUUAGUGCUUGCAGUACCCCGUUGGGAUCCUUUGUUAGCAUUCUAGAUUAAAUUUGAAUGUGUGUUGGGGUAGGGGGUCAAUGACACGGAAGUCCGGUAAAAAUUACCGGUUUUAGUUUUUUUUUAAACNAUAGCUCCAGAGAAGCAUCGUCCAGGCAGAGUAGAGCACACGGUUGGUUGGCCUCUGGUAAGUGGUGCUUCAAGACUCAAUGAAUUUUUCUUGGUGUUCAUUUAUUCACAAGCUUCCAAGGUCUUGACAAGCCAAGUUCAAAACUCAGACAUGAAGAAAACGAACGAGCGAAAGAGACCCCCAGAACUCUGCUCAUCCUUUGCGCAAAAUUGUUGUUUUGCCCUGUGUGUUUUUUUUUUCAUCACUUCUGCCUGAGUGACUCUGGUCUGUCUGCUUAAAGGGGCUGUGUCACGGCAGUCCAGUUCAUUUUGUUUAAUUUUGCCAAUUACUCGCCCUAAAUCGCAUUGGAACUUAAAGUAAGCAAAGAAACUACAUGGAAAUGACAAAAUCAGAGAUUCGAGACAAACAAAUAUGUCUUCUGAGCAUUAUUUUUGAAGUUGCAAACAGCAGAAAUCAACUUUGAAAAACUGUUAGGCUGAACAGUUUUCAAAAACCCUAAUUUCAAUCCUUUUCAAUCUUCUUCAGUUUUGCCCAUCCGUGGCAGCUGUUGUAUCUGUUGUGUUAUUUUAACCUUCCUUUAAUGUUUAAAGCGGUUAUUUUAAUGUUUCUCUUAAUUUAACAGGCAUUUUGUAAUUUCCUAAUCUGGCUGAAUUUCGUGACACAGCUCCUUUAAAGAGUGGCAGACUAUGAACGGUCUCCCAUUCUUCAAAGUCUGUCAAGCAAAACGUGGAGCAAAAGGGAAUGGUGUGACUGAGCCCACUAACUAGGAAGGGAACAGAGACUACAGCACUCGCAGUCUUAAAGAGCGAUGAAUUAUUUUCUUCGUAAUAUCGAUUGUGGACAUGAUAACCUUUCUUUUAAUAAAUCAUAUUUCCGAGAAUUCUGAAAUAAAGUUAACUUCGCAUUGCUCUGCAACGCGUUGAGUCAUUAAAUGUUGUUCGUACCACAACAUUUCCUUUUUUUCUCGCAAUUUCUUCACAACAGGAUAAAGACACGUAUGGAGGUUCAUUUCUAUAUCAUUUAGAGGAAGACACUCCUUUAGUCGCGGUUGGAUUUGUGGUGGGUUAUACAUUUAUAUAUGGAUGAAGGCUAAACAUACUAUACCUUAUGUACCAGUGAUGCAUACAUGUACAAUAAUUCUUUAUUCACCCAUCAUUAGGCAGACAUGGUCUCUGUUAGUAUGAACACAUGGAGAACAUUCUCUUCCCUGUUCAGUAACUACCCUUGAAAAAAGGAGGCACUGCACAGUUGGAAUUGAUUAAAACUCCUAUAGAGUGGGGAAAAAUUAAUUAUCUAUUGUUGGACAAAACAGGAUGCCUUUAUUGCUUCUUUGUGCUCUGGUGUUUUUGUCUCGCCAGUAUCGAUAAGAAAAAAAUAUCCUCUGGAACCCUGGGUAGUGUUAGAGUUGUCCAAAAAAGAACUUUGCCUUAUGACGGCAGUCUUAAACAAGCAGGUCACAGGAAAUUCAAGAGCGAAAAAAGUGAUAUUCUUAAUAGUUAGUAGAUUUCAGCACACUAGAUUUUUCUUACCAUGAAAAAAUGAAUAGGGGCUUAGAAUUUAGCUCAAGGUUUUCUGUUUAUUUGUUUGUUUUUCUUUCAACCUCUCCUGCUAACUCGCCAUGCAUAUGAACCCUUGUGUCUUCCUAGGUUGGGCUAGAUUACAGCAAUCCUUAUGUUUACCCUUUUAAAGAAUUUCAGGUAAGCUGUGUGGAAAACCAAUUAUAAUCAUCAUCAUCAUCUUAUUGAAAACAAGCCUUGGUAGUUUACGGUCGUUUCGCUAACGUCCUGUCCGCUAACUACUGAAGUCGUUUCCCGUACGUGUUGGGUCAGUUCCCUAACUGCUUUCGCCUGAUCAGUGGCUGAAAGAGCGAGGUAUUUUCAUACGUAUCGUACUUUUUNAUCAUCAUCAUCUUAUUGAAAACAAGCCUUGGUAGUUUACGGUCGUUUCGCUAACGUCCUGUCCGCUAACUACUGAAGUCGUUUCCCGUACGUGUUGGGUCAGUUCCCUAACUGCUUUCGCCUGAUCAGUGGCUGAAAGAGCGAGGUAUUUUCAUACGUAUCGUACUUUUUUGUAUCAUGGCUGAGAGAACGAAGCAUAUACAUGCGCAGCGCUCGUCUCGCCUCUUAGCGGAACGAUAUAAGACGUUGGCGAACGGGAAGUUAGCGAAACGACCGGUCACCGCCUUAUUCUUUUAUUAUUCUUAUUGUUAUUUAAUUAUUAUUUAUUUAUUUCUUUUGUAGCGCUUCAAGCUCCACCCAUCUGUGAGGCCAACAUUUGAAGGAGGCAAAAGAAUAGCUUACGGUGCAAGGGCACUUAAUGAGGGGGGCUUCCAGGUAGGAGCAUAUUAUUUGGUUACCCCAGGCCCCCUGUCUGUUACCACUCACUUCAUGUUGUAGCUAUCCUACCCAAAACUUAAGUAGCCUGUUCGAAAAUAUACGCUACUUCAGGAAAGACAUCCUCGGGGACCCGGGGGCUGUCAUUCGGGUCUGGGAGAAACGGCGCAACUAAUGUUCCGUUUCUCCAGACCCGAUUUAGGGCCUGUUUGUGGGGGACCCCAGGUAGGUAACAUAAUAGGUGGAAUGACCCGCCACAUGUUACCUCACCUACCUAGGGUCCCCCACCUCUAUAUAAACAGGCCCUUACUGUGCUGCCUCUAUAAGUCCGAGGUUGGAUGAAGACUGCUGAUCUUUGGUAUUUGAGUGGAAAAAAGUGCCUAUUCUUGAAACCUGAUGACCAAAAUAUUUGUCGAUGUUAGCAUUUGAAGAUUACCAUAAUACGUCCUAAUAUUGGUUGCAAUGAUUUCUAACUGCAGUACGUAUGUUAUCUUUGUUCAGUGCAUUCCCAAGUUGGCCUUCCCCGGUGGUCUUCUGGUUGGCUGUAGCCCCGGGUUUAUGAACGUUCCGAAGAUCAAGGGAACACACACGGCAAUGAAAUCUGGCAUGCUUGCUGCCGAGUGUGCUUUUGAAGCUUUAACUGAUGAAAAUUUCUCUUCCCCAACCGAAGGUAAGUAAUGCGCCUGUAGGUUUCGUCUUUUUAAACACCCCUUUUAUGGUGUUAUCUCGUAAAUCCCUUGAUCGACUACGUUAAUACAAAGCAAUCUCAGCUCAUUGUAUCGUCUACUACAUGCGCUACUUCACUGGGCACUUUCAACCAUGUUUGUAAAUGGCUGCACGAGGUUGCCAGAAAUGAACAUUUUGUUCGCAGGAAUCGUUUCACAAAGUAGAAUCAAGUUCCAAUUUUCAGCCCGUUCGCUGCAAAACACGCGUUGCGUGACCCGUUUAUGUCACAAGGGACGUAUGACUUACGACGUCGCGUGCAACCUGUGUCGCAACGGCACAACGGGAAAUUGCAAGACGGGUUAUACUAAAUAUUACCUAGCGUUGGCGCCUAUGGACAUAGAAAUAGAUACUUUUGGCCUUUGUUUCGGCAGGAAGCUAAUAGCUUGAUUUCUUUUUUCUAGGUCUCCUAAUUGAAUCAUAUGAACCACGGAUGAGAGAAAGCUGGAUAUGGAAAGAGCUUCAAAGCGUGCGCAAUAUCAGGCCCUCUUUCCACAGUCCCUUGGGUCUUUACGGUACAAUGCUGUACACCGGCAUUUUCUAUUACAUUCUCCGCGGCAAGGAACCUUGGACGCUGCGAAAUAGCAAACCCGACGCGGAACACUUGAAACCCGCCAAGGAAUGCACACCGAUUGAGUAUCCCAAACCCGACGGAGAAGUGACUUUUGACUUGCUAUCUUCAGUCGCGCUGAGCGGGACAAAUCACGAGGGGGACCAACCGGCACAUCUAACACUCAUGGAUGAUUCCGUGCCGGUUAACCGGAACCUCGCCAUAUAUGACGGCCCCGAGCAGAGGUUUUGCCCCGCCGGGGUUUAUGAAUAUGUUCCUAAUGAGGAUGGAGACGGAUUGAGGCUGCAGAUAAACGCUCAGAACUGCGUGCAUUGCAAGACAUGUGAUAUUAAGGAUCCCAGUCAGAAUAUCAACUGGGUUGUACCUGAGGGGGGAGGAGGGCCGGCGUACAACGGAAUGUGA